UCUAUUCGUGUGCGAGCGAGUGUUCAUUUGAGCCGCCUGGUCCUUGCAAUCUAUACAUACACCGAUCCUCGUCGAGUCCUUGCUCUCUCCUCACCAACAUCGGUGCAGCCGGUAUCAAAUCCGGCCGGAAACGUGGGAAAACCAUCUUACCAACACACCCAACAUGAUUGCACGGUAACACGAGACUCGGCGGCCGCACAGCCCGCUCUCGCAAUACCCCAUUAGCCUCCUCACACGUCGAAACGCACAUCCUAAUAUCCACUCCCAAUGGCAUCCUCCAAAGAGCCCAGCCUCGCGCAAAUCGCGCAGUCCCUCUUCCGCGACGCCCUCAGCAACAUCAUCCACGACACCAUCCUGCACCGCCACCGCGACCACAAACUCACCCUCAUGUCCCUCGACCCCACCACGCGCCUCCCCAUCUGCGACACCUGCAAACUCCCCCGCCUCCUCGACCCCCCCAUCGCGGCUUCCGUGCGAGGCGCCUCCUCCCCUCCCCCCGCCAGCACAGUCUACUGCGACAGGAAGCCGUGGUGCCGGCGAACAGGCUUCGACAUCUACGGCAACCCCUUCCCAAAAGCAGACGUCACAGGCCGCCCGCCGACGAAGAAAGAGCGCGAAGCAGCCAAAAGCGGGGGCAAACACGACGGCACGCCCGCCAGCGCAGACGACGGCACGGCGCCCCCCUCCCCUACAGCAGGAGGCGACGACGCCGACCGCAAACUCGAAAAGGGCGAGAAGAAGGCGUCCAAGAUUGACGAAAAGCUGCGCAAGGGCGAGUACAUUCCGUGGCAGACGUGUCCGAAUUGCAAGCGCAGUCUGCUCAUCACGCGCUUCGCCAAGCAUUUGGAGCAGUGCAUGGGGCUGUCCGGGCGGGCGGCGAGCAGGAACGCCCUGGCGAAGAUGAAUGGGCACACGCCGGCGGGAAGCCGGGGUGGGACGCCUGUGCCCGAGGGCAGUCAGGGCGGAGGCGAGGACGACGAGGAAGACGAGAAGAUCAAGGGCCCUGGAGGGGUGAGGAAGAAGGUGUUGAAGAAGGGGUUGAGCAUCAAGUUGAAGAAGGAGCUUCCUUCCAAGACGGGCUCGAUGAAUGGGAAACCUGCACGCCCUACUUCGUCUGCGGGAGGGGAGAAUGGGAGUAAGCGGGAUUUGGAUGAGAUGCUGCUUGGUGAGGAUGGGGAUGACGAUGAUACGGUGCAUGUGAAGAAGCGGCAGAAGAUGCAGCGGGUUGCUAGUACUGCUUCUUUUGCGAGUGUGAGCGAGGCGAUGGAGAUGGAGCGGUCGGAGAGCCAGGAUGGGAGUUUUGUGGGCGAGGAGCUGAGUUUUGGGGAUGAUUGAUAGCCAUCUACGUUGGUUUGCAUUUGAGGCAUCGGGUAAGGGAGUAUUCAGAUUGCACAAUAGCCUACGUCGGAACGUGAUUAUGGGCAUG